AUGCACAUACAUACAGUAUGUGCAGCGGACAAUGGAAGGCUGUAUCAUGUGCAUGGAACCCCAUUGAAGGCGAGCGAUAUCGACGUCGACCAUUCAGGAAAGGCCGAGAAUGCGGAAGUGGAACCCGACAUUGGCCAGUUGAGCAGGCUUGAAUGUCAGGGCCAGACCAAUGGAGGAUCGAGCAAAUGGUGGGACCAGGAAUCGGGGAAUCAGGGAUAUCCCUAG